CUAUGACACAGUUGUCUUCAAUGACAUCAUGAAGACAAAUCCAAUGAGUUGGUGCAGGGCAUUCCAUAAGAGAGGCAGCUACUGUGAGGAUGUGGACAACAAUUUCACUGAGUCUUUCAAUGGUUCUCUGAACAAGGCAAGAGAGAAGCCAUUUGUGGCUAUGUUAGAGACUAUAAGACGACUUGCUAUGGUGCGGAUUGCAAAGAGGUCUGUGGAAUCUCAUACUUACACAGGGAGCUGCACUCCUUAUGUUGCAUUAUUUCUCUCAAAAGAACACAAGUUUGCUUCUUUGGCAAAAGUGACUACAAGCACCAAUGGGAUGUAUGAAGUCAGGCAUGGUAUUGAUUCUCAUCGUGUGUGCUUGAAAAGCUACACAUGUACAUGCCAGAAGUGGCAGAUCUGUGGCAUCCCGUGUGAGCAUGCGUAUGGAGUGAUCUUGGACAAGAAGCUUGCACCAGAGGACUAUGUGUGUCAUUGGUUCAGGACAUCAACCUGGAAAAAGAACUACACUGAUGGUUUGUGUCCACAGAGAGGUCCUAAGUUCUGGCCUGAGACUAAUGCUCCUGCUGUCUUUAAUCCACAGCCACCAGAAGGAGAGAAGAAGAUGACAAAAGAGGAUAAGAAGAGGAAGAAGGGUGUCAAUGAGUCUCCAACUAAGAAGGCAGCAAAGAACAAGAAACGGAUCAUGCAUUGUGGCAUUUGUGGGAUAGCUGAUCACAAUUCUAGGGGAUGCCAGAAGAAAGCUAAGGCUUCUCAAUCUGUUUUGCAGCCUUCUCAACCUGAACCAAGUCAAGGUUCACUCACUCAAGCUUAAUCAAGUAGUAGCUAAGUAGAUGUAGGGCACUAAUGUGGUUGUCUCAUUCUAAUUUUCGAUCACAUAUGACUUGUGUAUCCCUCUGUUUUGUAAACCUUUUGAAUGUUUCGGAUGGAUGAUUGUUUCUUUGUUUUGUAAACCUUUUGAAUGAUUUAAAGAAUGGUUUAAAGAAUGUUUGUUUCUCUUGUUUUGUUUUGAAUGUUUGGUUGUCUGUUAUGACCAAUUCUGAAAAACACAUCAUGACCAAACUA